UCGGUUCGCUAAUUAAUUGCUGCUAUCUGUCUCCUAUCGAUGUGUGUGUGCGUGUGUGUUGUGUGUGAGUGUGUGUUUCCUCUUUUCUCCCCAAACCGAACAUGAACUAGUUUGUUGGGCCAUACUUUCUUUCUUCCCGUCUGUCCCCCCUUCCUUCCUUCCUUCCUUCCUUCCUCCCCGUCCUGGUUCGCUCCGGCAGAGUUCGGACAGACCGAGACCCAGCUGAGUUCGGCCCGUCGCAGCUCGGUGAUGUUGGACAUGGGAGAGCGGAAAGAGGUGAAAAUGAUCCCCAAAUCCUCCUUCACCAUCCACAGCCUGGUUCCGGAGGCCGUGCAGAGCGACAACCAGAACCACCCGCGGCAGAGCCACGUCCAGCCGCGAGCCGCGGGCGCGGAGGACGCCGAGCCCAAGGUCCCGGCCGCGCUGGCGGAACCCAAGAGCGAGGAGAUCAGCCCGGAGGAGAAGAGCGACGAGAAGAAGGAGGGCAAGGACCCGGACGCCACCGGCGGCAAGGACGACAAGAAGAGCGGCAAGUUCGAGAAGCCGCCGUUCAGCUACAACGCGCUGAUCAUGAUGGCGAUCCGGCAGAGCCCCGAGAAGCGGCUGACGCUGAACGGCAUCUACGAGUUCAUCAUGAAGAACUUCCCCUACUACCGCGAGAACAAGCAGGGCUGGCAGAACUCCAUCCGCCACAACCUCAGCCUCAACAAGUGCUUCGUCAAGGUGCCGCGCCACUACGACGACCCGGGCAAGGGCAACUACUGGAUGCUGGACCCCAGCAGCGACGACGUCUUCAUCGGCGGCACCACGGGCAAGCUGCGCCGGCGCUCCACCACCUCCCGGGCCAAGCUCGCCUUCAAGCGGGGCGCGCGGCUCACCUCCGGACUCACCUUCAUGGACCGGGCCGGCUCCCUCUACUGGCCCAUGUCGCCCUUCCUGUCGCUGCAUCACCCGCGCGCCGGCGCCGCCGUGGGCUACAACGGAGCCUCCGCGGGUUACCCGGGCCACCCCAUGUCCUACGGCACCAUGCUGAGCCAGAACAUGGGCUCCAACCACUCGUCCUUCCCGACCUCCAACGGCCUCAGCAUGGAGCGGCUGGUCGGCUCGGACCUCCCGUACGCCACGCACCACCUGACGGCGGCGGCCCUGGCGGCCUCCGCGGUGCCUUGCGGCCUCUCGGUGCCGUGCUCCGGCGCCACCUACUCGCUCAACCCGUGCUCCGUCAACCUGCUGGCGGGUCAGACCAGCUACUUUUUCCCGCACGUCCCGCACCCGUCCAUGAGCGCGCCGGGCGCCGGCGGCGGCGGCGGCGGCGGCGCGCUGCAGAGCCGCGCCUCGUCCUCCAGCUCCCCGCAGGCUCCCGUCGCCUGCGACUCCCUGCGGCCGCCGCUCGGCGCCGCGCUGCCCGCCUUCUCCUCGGGACUGUCCGGAGGCCUCAGUGACUACUUCACGCAUCAGAACCAGAGCUCCGGCUCGAACCCGCUGAUACACUAACGCCGGUGCUGCCUGACCCGGUCGGACUGUAGACAUGUGAUAAAGUAGAGCAAGGAGAGUUAAACAAAACAAACAAACAACAACAAAAAAAAAAAAAAACCGAGAGAAGCGCCGUCCAGGUAUUUUUUAAUAUUAUUAUUAUUAUUAUUUCACUGCAGUUUGUUUGUAAAUAGCGCGUCUGUACAGAUGGUUUAUUUCUGUUGUUGUUGUUGUUGCAGGGGCGUGACGUCACUUCGUGUGUAUUUAAAUAGUUUGGUCUGAUUUUGAGAUUAAAAGAGAAAGUGUGUGUGCGUGUGAGUGUGUGUGUGUGUGCAGUAUUAAACUGACUCGAUUUACCUUGAACACACACGUGACGCCAUUUUAUCAUUCAACACGUUCAAUCGACCAAAGACUUUUAGGAGAUUUCAGUAUUCGCAGUGUGAGUGUGUGCGCGCGCCUGCGCUUGUGUGUGUGUGUGUGUGUGUGUGUGUGUGUGAUCGAGAACUGCUGAAAAACGUCCAUGACACAGGCUCGGCAGUUCUCCGUCGUCGCUGUCGCUCUGGAAUGUUCUGGAGGUUUCUGCCUUAAAGUCGCUAAAAAGAGAAACUUCGCCUCGUUGUUGUUGUUGGGGUUUUUUUUUUCCUUCAGUUGUUUGUAAACAAAGCUGCGUCACACCUGCUGUUGUUUUGAUUUGUAGGCCUGUUUGUUUUAGAAUGUAAAGCUCCUGAAUGUGUCCGUCGUCGAGCUCGUGACUCUCGUGCUUCUGUUCUCGUGCUCAAAGUUUAAAAGAGAAAGUGUUUUAAUGACAAAAUAAAAGAGUAGGCUACCUUUA